CCACACAUGAGCUGGGUGAUAGUUUGGUGGGGGGAGCUGCUGGAAGGGGUGGGACAGGAGGAGGAGAGAGGGUAGUCUCUGCCUUAACUCUUGCUGUAUCUCUUUGGCACUCGGUGGAUUCCCUGCCUGGACUCCAGUGGGACGGGAAAGGAUAGGACGGGAGGGGCUUGCCUGGGGGAGACCUGCUCUGGCUUCAGAGCCAUGACAAGAGCCAUAUCCAAGGAUGGAGAGCCCAAUGGGGCCACCACAUCUCCUGAAGAGAUAAAAAUAGAGGAGAUGGAAGAGAGAGGCCAGUGGAGGAACAAAAUGGAGUUUGUGCUGUCUGUGGCUGGGGAGAUCAUCGGCCUGGGAAACGUGUGGAGGUUCCCCUACCUCUGCUACAAGAACGGUGGUGGAGCCUUCCUCAUCCCUUACCUCAUCUUCCUCUUCACCUGUGGGAUCCCCCUGUUCUUCCUGGAGACGGCGCUGGGGCAGUACACGAGCCAGGGAGGGGUGACGGCCUGGAGGAAGAUCUGUCCCCUCUUUGAAGGAAUUGGAUAUGCCUCCCAAGUCAUUGUGGGAUACCUGAAUAUCUACUACAUCAUCAUCCUGUCCUGGGCACUCUUCUACCUGUUCAGCUCCUUCACCUCAGUGCUACCAUGGGCCAGCUGUGAUAACUCCUGGAACUCAGAUCUCUGUAUGGACAUUCUGAAUAGAUCCAGCCUGGACAACAGGACCUUGCCAGUGAAUGCCACCUCCUCCAUGAUUGAGUUUUGGGAGAGAAGAGUCCUGGGGCUCACGGAUGGCAUUGACAAACUGGGCACUGUGCGCUGGGAGCUGGCUCUGUGUCUCCUGCUGGCCUGGAUCAUCUGCUACUUCUGCAUCUGGAAAGGGGUCAAGUCCACGGGCAAAGUCGUUUACUUCACUGCCACCUUCCCCUAUGUGAUGCUCCUCAUUCUGCUGGUCCGAGGGGUGAUGCUGCCAGGGGCUGCUGAGGGAAUCAUCUUCUACCUGAAGCCUGACAUCUCCAGGCUGGCAGACCCACAGGUCUGGAUGGAUGCAGGCACUCAAAUCCUCUUCUCUUAUGCCAUCUGCGAGGGGUGCCUGACAGCUCUGGGCAGCUACAACAAGUACACCAACAACUGUUACAGGGACUGCAUCCUGCUCUGCUCCCUGAACAGUGCCACCAGCUUUGUUGCUGGCUUUGCCAUUUUCUCUGUGCUGGGCUUCAUGGCUCGAGAGCAGGGCGUACCUAUUUCACAAGUGGCUGAAUCAGGUCCUGGCCUGGCUUUCAUAGCGUAUCCAACAGCAGUAACAAUGAUGCCCGUGUCUCAGCUCUGGUCCUGCCUCUUCUUCCUCAUGCUGAUCUUCCUGGGACUGGACAGCCAGUUUGUCUGUGUGGAAAGCCUGGUGACAGCUAUUAUUGACAUGUUCCCAGGAGUAUUUCGGAAGAAGGGGCGCCGGGAGCUGCUGAUCCUGGCCAUUGCUGUCAUGUGCUACCUGCUGGGCUUGCUGCUGGUCACCGAGGGUGGCAUGUACAUCUUCCAGCUCUUUGACUACUAUGCUGCCAGUGGCACAUGCCUGCUCUUUGUGGCUGUUUUUGAAGUCAUCUGUAUAGGAUGGGUGUAUGGUGCCGACCGCUUCUACGACAACAUUGAGGACAUGAUUGGCUUCCGGCCGUGGCCCUUGAUCAAGAUUUGCUGGCUGGUGUUCACCCCAGGGCUGUGCUUGGGCGUUUUCCUGUUUUCCUUGAUCAAGUACACACCCUUGAAAUACAACAAUUCCUACGAGUACCCACCCUGGGGCUACCUGCUGGGCUGGCUGAUGGCACUCUCCUCCAUGGUCUGCAUUCCUCUCUAUGCCAUCUUCAUCCUCCUGAAAACCAAAGGACCCCUGAAACAGCGGCUGAUGCAGUUGCUGUCCCCGGCCCAGGAGCUGCCGCAGCCCGGGAGGAAGCGCAUGGGAGCGGCUGCUGCGAGGCCCGAGGGAUGGUCCCCGCCAGUCCAGGAGGUGCUCAGCAUCACAGAGAGAGAAACACACUUCUGAGGCACCCGGGAUGUUUCCUCCGUAACCCAGACUGGUUCGCUCUCUGCUUCCCAAAGCGGUUUCUUUUCCCUUCUCUCGCUCACAGCCGGGACAGUUCCUCUCCUUGCAGCCAGCUGUUCGCACCCUCUGCCAGCAGCGUUCCUCUGUUUCUCUGACACCCUGGGGACAGCUCCUCCUCCGGAGGCUGCAGCACGCUUUUGUCAGGAGUGCCCUUCAUUGCUGACACCGCCUGGGAAGAGAAAAACAACAUUGGAGCAAAAAAAGAAAAAAAUGAAGAAAAAAAGAAAAAAAGGGGGGGAAGUGCAUUCCUGUUGGGAGGAGGAAAAGAAACCACAGUCGUGAAGGUGGUGAGAGAGAGCAGAGAUUAAAGGUGUGAAGGAACCAAGUCAGGGAUGCAAAAGCAUGAAACGAUGGGCCGUCAGCUCAGGAAAUAAGUAAACUGGUUCAGCAGUACAUAAGAAGCUGGAGGAUGAGAAAGGAAAGUGCAUUUCUAGGCCACCUCUGUACAGGGGAGAGAGGCAGGAACAUAUCACAGGCAGUGACAAAAGGAGGCUGCAGUGCCAGCAGCCACAGCCUCAGCUGUCCCUGGGAGGAGAGGAGAGGCAGGGUGCUCGAUGUGCUCAAUGCAAUCCGAGCUGCUCCUGAUGGAUCUCAGGGCACUCUCAGCCUGGAAAAGGGGUGAGGAAUGACUACCUAGGGCACUUGCUCUUGGUCAGAACUACACAGCCCAGUGAAAACCUAUCCAAGAGUGAAACCAAUGAAUAUUUGACAAUUCUGUCAGAAAAUUCAUGGGGUGCAAGAAAAGUCCCAGAGCAGUUGGUAAGAAAAGGAAAAAGAGCUGCAGCACAGCUGGGAAAAUGAGACCCUGAGGAUUGCACGCCCACAAAUUUAACUGCACUGCUGGGGCAUUUUGUAGAGGGAUUUUUGGAGGAGUUGAUGGGCCUGGUCCUGUGCUGCAGAGCGGCUUUGGGAAGAGGGUGGGAGAGCGAUUGCACUGCCUUGGCUUUGUGCAGAUGACUGCUCAGGGGAUAAGGAAAACAUAAUCAAGCACAAUAAUCAUCAGCUCAGGCAAGAUAAAGCAAAGUUAAUAGGUAAUAUGGCUUCACUGGAAGCAGAUUGUGUCGAAUUAAAGUUUGGUUGUUGCCAGGGUAGUCAAAAAUGUGAGGCAAUGGGUGGGAGGAAAUGUGCUCUGAUGGCGGGUUUGGUGCAGUGCCAGAUGAGUGUGUCCUGUGGAGGCUGGGGCUGUAAAGCUCCCUGCCAAACCCUGCUUCAA